GGCGUCCUAUUCUUAAAUUGCCACCAAAAGACUAAUGAUUGGGCUGUAAUACUGCCUUUUAAUUAGUAUUAUAUUCUACUUUCAUUGUCCCUUAAAUUUAAAGAUAGCUUAAAAUAGUUAUUUAAAUAAUGAAAUUCAAAGUAAAAGAAUACAUAAUCGAAUAGUGGAUUUCAUUUAAUGAGAGG